UCGACAUUCCAGAGAUUUCACAGUUUGACAAUUGUAAAUGGCAACCACCCCGUUGUCAUUUACAAUACAAUUUUUUUCUGUAAUUUUCUCAAUAAAUUGAUCUCAAAAUGAGUCUGAAAACUGAAAAAGACAAGGUGAAACAACUACAGGAUAAGUGCCAGUCGGUGCUGAAUGCCCUGCUAAGGGAUGAAGACAAUAAGUACUGUGUGGACUGUGACUCCAAGGGCCCCCGAUGGGCGUCAUGGAACAUUGGUGUGUUUCUCUGCAUUCGAUGUGCGGGAAUACACAGAAACCUUGGAGUUCAUAUAUCUAAGGUCAAGUCCGUCAACCUGGACGCCUGGACUCCCGAGCAGGUCGUUUCCUUGCAACAAAUGGGAAACUCUCGGGCCAGAGCAGUCUAUGAAGCAAAUUUACCAGACAAUUUCCGAAGGCCUCAGAACGACACAAACCUGGAAACAUUUAUUAGAGCUAAAUAUGAGCAUAAAAAAUAUAUAGCUAGAGAAUGGGUGCCGCCGCCGCUACCCAAAGUAAAUUGGGAAAAAGAGAUCGAUGAAGAAAUCGAGAAGCAGAAACGGAAGAAAAAAACGACUUUAGAGAAACGACCGUUGGCCAAUGUCGAAGUGCCACAGUUACCUAAGCCUACCAACCCGAGUCCUAAACCAUCAAGGUCUGUCAGUAAUACUCCCGAAACGAAAGAGAAGCAAAAGCAAAACACUAACAGCAGUAGCAAAGAUUUGCUAGGUAUUAAUGGUGAGGACAACUUCAGUAGCUUCAUCUCAGCGCCUCCAGCACAAAUCAGUAGUAACGCAGUGGUUGAGCAGGACCCGAUUAAGAAGCCAGAUGUAGUAGACAAGGCGAAAAGCGAAGAAGAAAGCUUCUUCAAUCAAACUCUACCAGCAGAAAAGGAAAAAGUUAAACUAGACAAAGACAGUAUUUUAGCUUUAUAUGGGAGCGCCCCCAAAGUAACACAGUUCCAGAAUUCCAUGCAAACGCCAUUUCAAACUACUGCAGGUUUUCAACCAGCCGGAGCUCAAGCCCAACACGGGUUUGCUUCUUUUGGAGGAUUUCCUCAAGCGGGACAGGUUCAAAAUUUUCCUGUUCAGAACGGUCUACCGGUCCAGCCUCAGUUCCUACAACAAUCAAAUGGCGUUUUUCCAAAUUGGGGAAAAAUGCCAAAUGCUACGCAGUUUCCGCAGGCACAAGCUCAGAAUCAGUUCAAUCCCAACCAAUUUGGCCAGAGCGGCCCGUUUCAAAGCCAGCCAUCAUCAGGGACGUCCGUCCCUUGCCAGUUUCCCACAACGUUUCCCUCGCAACUUUCCUCAACGCAUCCACACCACUUUAGUGGAAACCCUAUCAAUGCAUCUGCGAUAGGUAAUGCGAACUUUGCGUCUCCCAUGCCCGGUAAUAAUGCGGCAUUUUUCGGCAACCAAUCACUGCAACAGCAAUUCGGCAAUUUGACUCUGAACGGAGCAGCUUCUGCUGCGCCCACUCCUAAUAUAUGGCAGUAGCCGCCAAGAGUUGUUAAGUAAGAUUAUGCAAUGACUGAUAAUAGAGGAUUCUAUGGAAGCGCGAGUUUGGUAUUGAUGUUUUCUUUUUUGGGCAACGUUGCACUUUAUAGGUGCAUAAUUCGUGGCAGUCUUCUACCAUAACUCACCUGGUGACCAGGAAUCUACAAAUUGAGAUUAUAAAAAGGGAAUUUUAGUUUUAAUAUGUCUUAAGUUUGUCAGGUAUUUUAAUGUACUUAAUUAUAGCACUACGCUAUGGCCAGUUCGCCAGUAUUAGCAAGAAAGUACAAAAAUACUUUUCAGACUUAGUGAUAAUAUACAGGGUGUUUCAUAAUGUGCGAGAUGAACCUUGAAGCAAGCACAGUUGCCAUUUUAUAACAAAGGCCCACUUGCAGUAACAUUAACAUGUUAUAUAUCUGGGGAAACGUUGCAUUUCUCCGCUAGACAACUCCAGUUUUAUCAUGAAUUUCCGAUAGUCAAUUUUUGUAUUUUUAUUUUACUUUAUAUGAAUUAAAACUAAUUUUCAUUUUUUUGAACUUAUUUUGGGCAACGUUCCCAAACUUUUUGAUGAAAUGUGGGAUAUCUGUCCAACCGUAUUAAUACGACAAAAUUUACUUUUGCACUUGAAAAUAUCUGGAAAUUUGCGUGACAAAUCUGGAAUAUUAUAAUAAUGGGUUUGAAGAUUAUGCCAUGUUCUCGUUUUACCCGAUCGCUGUGAUAUAUGCGAAUUUGGGAAAACUAUCAAUAUUUUUUUCUGAAUCAUUCCAAUAUGAUUCUGAACAUGCAGAAAGGUGAAUUUUUUUAGAAAAAAUCUACAAAACAUUGAAUUUUCAACAGCAUAUAGUUCCAAAACGAUGCGUUCGUAGUCUUAUAUUUAUAAGACGUUGUAGCAAUGAAAUAACAGACAAAUGGAUAUGGAUGAUAAUAAAUUACCCUUAUGCCUUUGUCCAUGGUAUUCAGGAAUUCCCUGUAUGAACUAAAAUACUGGUAUUUGACAACAAUCGUAUACACAGGAAAUAUCUCAAUUGCACACUAAAUUUGCGAACUAAAAAAUUGAAUUAAAAUGCUGGUUUUCGACCGGAAUUAAUUCGAGAUUAGAACUAAUUUUUUUAGUUAUCAUUUACAAAUUGGCAACAGUUAACGUUUUUAAAUGCAAAUUUUAGCUAAACGCAGCUGACAAACCAAAAGAUAUUUUCGUGUACUCACAGUGACUUCAUACAUAUCGAAAAUGAUUAAGGUAAUAAUGAACAAACAAAACCGUUCGAAAAGAACACUUCUUAAUCAUGUGCUCAAUGAAAAAAUAUGGUGUUAAUUAACUCGUAAUUUCUUCUUUUCAAUUGUCUUCCUAAUUUUAAUUUUAACACCCAGAACAUACUAUAACUUAAACCCAGAAUAAGUAUGUUUGUGUGUAUGAAAGUUAGAAAUGUUUCCAAAACUUAUUUACCUAAAACUUUCAAAAAGGGACUAUUUUCUUCAUAUAUUUAUGUCUUUCUAAAGCGUACCGCAUAUUAUCAUACACCCUGUAUUACCUCAUAAAACACAUCUCAUAUAUUUAUGUGUAAAGUGAACGAAUAUGUAUGGCCAUUUAUAAAAUUUACUCUCGCUAAUUUAUUUUUGUAACAAGACAAAUAUAUGAACCAUAUACAAUCUUGGGCAAUAAAUUAAAAUUUAUAUGCAGCGCAAAAAGCGGGAUUUGUUAGAAAUUUCCUUGAUCCAACUGUUUGAAUCUAAAUCGUAGACAUCUGAUGUGGAACAUUCAUAAGCCAUACGAAUUAUGUAGUUUUAUAUACUUUUUUCCUGCGUUAUUUAGCUUUUUAAAGUGGAUCAAAGAAUGAGCACUCUCCACUUUUGGAAAAUGACAAAUUUACACUAUUCUUGCCAAACAUGAAAUUAGGCAAUCCGUGCUUCACUUGUGUGUUUGUCCUAGUAGAUAGAAAUCUAUUAUUGGAAUAUAAAAAGAAUUUAUAAAUCUAGGGCUAUAUAGAAAUAUUACAUGAUAUUAAAAUGUUGUAUUUUAGUAUUAAGAUAACAUCUAAAUCGAUUUGACUAAAGAAUGAAUUACACAAAAUAAUUCAUGGAAAACUCUAUUUUCUCAGUGUAAAAUUGAAUCGGAAUAGUUAUGUAUACCUUUAAACAAGAUCCGUAUUAAUAUAAAAUGGCAUUUGUUAUGGUUAAGUGAGAGUAGCUGAAACACGGUAAAACAUUAACUUUGCCACAUUCUGUAGCUUGAAUUUCCAGUAAUCAAAAUUGUGCUUGAAUCUUGCCCCUUGAGGUUUUUAUUUCUGCUUUAUCAGUCAAAAUUAAAUGUUUUGUCUUGUGCCUUUACCUUGAUGAUUGUAGCUUAACACGUGGCAGAAAAAAAUGGUUUUUUGAGAUUUGUGAACCAAAAAGGGCAAUCAGCAAACGCAACACACACUAGAAAAUCUAUUUACGAUAAUGUAUGCAAUUAUUUUAUGUGAUUUAAUUUAUUGGUGCGUUAUUAAUCAGGAAUUUUAAAUUAUAUUUAUGUAAUUCAAACUGAACGGGAUUAAGAUAUGUUAUACUUACAUAAAUAAAGCGAACAGUUGUAGGUAAUACGCGAUCGUUCAAUGUAUAUUUCUAAAAUGUUUGUCAAUGUUAGUUGGGUGUAUUUUGUUGACCAUUUAUUUCAAACUAUGUGCAAUUGGGUUAGCAUGUACAAGGUGUUCUGAAAAAUUAGGGAUUCGUUCGGAUAUAUAAACGGGGUGUCAAAAUAACAUCACCAAGAUGAUAGUUGCUGAUUAUUGCUUGAUACUUGAAAGUCGCUAUUUUAAGGGGUCAUAGUCUCACAUAUUAAAAAAUAUCGAAUUAUAGCAAGUAUUUUAAAAGUUAUUUAAUAAAAGGCUGUGUUUUACAGAUCUAUAUCUUGGAGGGUCUGUAGACAUUUUUUAUACAGACUUGUCCUUUUGACAUUUUGUAUAUGUAUCCGAAAGAAUGUCCACAUUUUCGGGGACACCCUGUAUUAUUCCUUUCAUCAACGAUCAUUUACUGUUAAUCGUUCUGAAAACCUAACGGGACUUUAAACGAAUUUUAAUUAGACCUUAGCCGUUAAGCGUAUUAUUUAUUUAUUCUAAGAAACUUAGUCCACUUUUGUAAAUUUUGUACUUUGGUACGAAUUAUUCGACUUUAUCUUUUUAAUUGUACUGCAUUGAUAUCGCCGAUAUAAUAAAAGAAAAUAUGUAAAGCAAAAAAA